GACUCUAUACAGUACAGUGCAGUGCUCUCGUUCCCAUGCAGCCAAUUCUAGCGCCCAGAGCGAAGGGAGUGGUUUCCAGUCUGGGCUGAAAAAAUAGGCGCGGUUUCGGCUAGUCUACUGUUGUGUCAGAGUCAACGUGUCACUAGCACUACGGUCAUGGAAAUCAAUGGAAAUAAGUUUGGUGGCUCUUUAUGUCGUCUUUAUCCGAAGGUGGACGAGACAGAGAAUCCUCUUCCUCGUACCUGGAGUACUAAGGACAAGUUUACCUACAUAGGCCUCUCACAAGGCAAUUUGAGGGCUCACUAUAAAGGUAGUGGAAAAAACCACAAAGAUGCUGCCUCUGUGAGAGUUAGUCAUCCCAUUCCUGCCGCAUGUGGUGUCUACUACUUUGAAGUGAAAAUUAUCAGCAAAGGAAGAGAUGGGUACAUUGGUAUUGGUUUGUCAUCAUCUGGAGUGAAUCUCAACAGACUACCAGGAUGGGAGAAGAACUCGUACGGUUAUCAUGCUGACGAUGGCUGUGUAUUUAGCUCCACUGGAACAGGCCAAAAGUAUGGUCCCACUUUUAGUACUGGAGAUGUAGUUGGCUGUGGGUUCAACCUUGUUGAUCAUUCGAUUUUCUUCACUAAAAACGGGAUUACUCUAGGAACAGCAUUCACUGAUGUGUCGGCCAACCUCAACCUGUACCCCAUGGUAGGACUGCAAACCCCUGGAGAGAUUAUAGAGGGAAACUUUGGAGAAACAUCAUUUAUGUUUGACUUCGAAGGGUUACUGGCUGGGAUUCAGCAACAGGUCAAGCAGAAAAUAAUGUGUCACCCUGUCUUUGAAAGUCCAGGAGGAUGGCAGGGCAGCGUUCACAAGGUGGUACUCAGCUACCUGGUUCACCAUGGUUACAGUCAGACGGCACAAGUAUUUGCCUCCUGCACUGGACAAGGUUUAGGUGAAAGUACUGCCUCCAUUAUGAACAGACAAAGAGUGCAAUCCCUCAUUCUACAAGGCAGAAUCAGUGAGGCAAGGUUGCUGGUCCAUUGCACAUACAAAGGCCUCUUAGAGAACAACUUGGAGCUUUUGUUUCGAUUAAAAUGUAGACAGUUUGUUGAGAUGAUAGGUGGCUAUGACAGAGGCGAGAUCAUUUCUCCUACACGAGAUUUGAGAUUAUCAUGUCACUCUGAUAUAAAUGGCUCCACUGAUUUACAACAGAGUUUUAUGGAUGGUGAAUCUCCCAAACUGUCCGGAAGUGUAGAUGUAGUAGGACAGGGUGAUAGCACUGCAAGAAACGGACAGAAUGGUGAUGCUCCACAAGAUGCUUCCAUGGAUGUAGAUCAGCCUGAGAGGAAUCUCGUAAACCUUGAUAGCAAUCCAGUAGCAAUUGAGAGAGUACUGGCAUUUGGUAGAGACUUACAAGUUAUGUACUCAGAACUAAAAACGAACAAACCUAAUAAGCAAUUAAAGACUUUAUUACAGGACUCAUUCAGUCUACUGGCGUACACUGAACCCCAGUCCAGUCCAGUUGGGUACUUGUUGGACCCCAUCCAAAGGGAACCUGUCAGUGCAGCUCUUAACUCUGCUAUAUUAGUAAAACAAUGACGUCACAACGAACGGAAGUGGAUUGAAGAAAGUGGAUAGAAGUGUGAUUGUAGCCCGUGUGAUAGCAUUCUAAUAGCUACCCUUAGCCUACUAUGUUAACAAAGGACUCACAGCCUGCAACAGUGUGGAUAACAAUCCUCUGAACGGAGGGGAAGGCUGACAAUAGCUUAUAUGGAUAGGCCACGCCCAUCUGACACUAACCUUGGUGAAAGUCGACUCUAUCAGAAAGAAAUUGCUGCUGUAACCAAUACAGCUCUGUCUUUAGCUAGCUAGCUAUAUAGCUCUGUGUCUGACUUUAUGAAGAGUAUUCUUUGUCUGUAUAUGUUAUUCAGGAUAUAAUUCGGGUAAAAAUUCAGUUUAAUGGGAAACAUUACGGGAAUAUUAUCCAAUAAUUUUGCGCAUGCGCAAGCAGUCAGUAGCAGGCCUAAUUGUUUAGGCCUUGUGAAGGAGGCUAGCGUCUUCUGUGCAUGUAGUCUGACUAAAACGAAUACAAACAACUGGAAACAAAGGUCAAUGAUGGGCUAGGUUUGGGUUGAUAGGGAUAGAGUUAACAGGACGAUUAUUGACUACUCGAUUACCGUAUAGCGGGUAAUUUUCGUGGGGUAAAAUAUUCGUUAUUUUCGUGGGCAAGCUGACCUCCACGAAAUUUUAACGUAGGCGUGGCUUAUCGGAAUGUAGGAAUGCCGUGCAGCCACGAGAUUUUUACUCACGAAAACCACCUUUUCUCGAGUUGAACGAAUUUUUUACCCCACGAAACUUACCCGCUAUACGGUAUCUGAACCAGAUCAUCCGAAUUCUCUAUCUGGGUGACCACAUAAACACCUACUUACACAUGCGCGCACGUAGCUAAAAAUUUACGGGAAGGAGGCAACGCCCUUGCAAAAAGGUUAACGGAAACCACACCCACUAAUUAACUAAUUAUCGCGUAGAAGAGCAGGUAAAUGACAGUACAAGUACCGCACCCUCACUCCCUAGCUGCACGAGGAAUACUGUGUGUGUGUGUGUAUUCCAGCUCAAUGCAACGAGAAAUAUAGGCUUCUCUCUAAACUAAAGCCGCUAAUUUUACUUAAAUAGCUUUAUGUGUUCGUUUCUAUUGAGUUAGCCUUGCACUAAAGCGCUAGCUUUUUGUUAGGUACAAGAGUCUAGUAAUUUUUUUGAACUUGACCUUUUGCCGACACACCCCUUUUUCCCGUGUAUUUAAUGCGCAUGCGUGUUCAUCCCCACGUGUGCCAUUUUGAACCCUAUAUAGCAGAAUCAAUAUACAAUCUUGAGAUGUUGGAUUUGAAUAAUGCUUGGCUCUCGAGUUAUGCGCUAACUUGGAAUGCAGAGUGCAAAGCAAAAGUUGUCCAUGGCUCUGCACUAGAACGCUAGCUUGCAAGGUACUGAUGCAGCAGUCAUUAAUUUUAGACAGGCAUCAGCAACAAUCAAUUUUAUACAC